GCAGCUGAGGUGGUGGAUUAAGAAAAUGGGGCGGGGGGAGCCUUGCUCCACCCGCGCCCCGCCCCCGGCCUGCCUCCCGAGGACUCAGAGUCCUGGAAGGUUUUACAGAGCUCCGGGCAGAGCUCCCGGCAGGGCGGGUGAAUCGCUCGCUGCCCGCAGGGAGUCGGGAAUGCCAGGGCCCAGCUGAGCAGCGCCGCCCACCGGAGUGCCAGUGGAUAUUGGAAAUCGAAUCCAAGGAAGUGACUUGAACCCGGGAGCUGGGGGCACCAGAGUCCACCUACGGGGCAUGGAUGCGCCGGCUGACCUCGAGGGCCCACGCGCAUCAGGAGGUGAUGACCCUGCAGGAAGUGCAGGAGAGACUCCCAGGUGGCUUUCCAGAGAACAGGUUUUUGUACUGAUAGCGGCAGCUUCGGUGAACUUAGGUUCCAUGAUGUGCGAGUCUAUACUUGGACCCUUUUUCCCCAAGGAGGCUGAGAAGAAGGGAGUCAGCAAUACGAUCAUCGGGAUGAUCUUUGGAUGUUUUGCUUUGUCCGAGUUGCUGGCAUCCUUGGUAUUUGGAAACUAUCUUGUACAAAUUGGAGCAAAAUUUAUGUUUGUAGCUGGAAUGUUUGUCUCAGGAGGAGUUACAAUUCUCUUUGGUGUAUUGGACCGAGUUCCAGAUGGACCAGUAUUUAUUGCUAUGUGUUUUCUAGUGAGAAUAAUAGAUGCAGUUAGCUUUGCUGCAGCAAUAACUGCAUCUUCCUCUAUCCUGGCAAAGGCUUUUCCAAAUAACGUGGCUACAGUAUUGGGAAGUCUUGAGACUUUUUCUGGACUGGGACUAAUACUAGGUCCUCCUGUAGGUGGCUUUUUGUAUCAAUCCUUUGGCUAUGAAGUGCCCUUUAUUGUUCUGGGAUGCAUAGUUUUGCUGAUGGUACCACUCAAUAUGUAUAUUUUACCCAAUUAUGAGUCUGAUCCAGGUGAACACUCAUUCUGGAAACUGAUUGCCUUACCCAAAAUUGGCCUUAUAGCCUUCGUCAUCAACUCACUCAGUUCGUGUUUUGGCUUCCUUGAUCCUACUCUGUCUCUCUUUGUUUUGGAGAAGUUUAAUUUACCAGCUGGAUAUGUGGGACUAGUAUUCCUGGGUCUGGCAUUGUCCUAUGCCAUCUCUUCACCACUGUUUGGUCUCCUCAGUGACAAAAUGCCACAUCUAAGGAAAUGGCUUCUAGUGUUUGGAAACUUAAUCACUGCUGGGUGCUACAUGCUCUUAGGGCCUGUCCCGAUCUUGCAUAUUAAAAGUCAGCUCUGGCUGCUGGUGCUGAUAUUAGUUAUAAAUGGCAUCUCUGCUGGAAUGAGUAUAAUUCCAACUUUCCCGGAAAUUCUCAGUUGUGCAUAUGAAAAUGGGUUUGAAGAGGGAUUAAGUACAUUGGGACUCGUAUCAGGUCUUUUUAGUGCAAUGUGGUCAAUUGGUGGUUUUAUAGGACCAACGCUGGGUGGAUUUCUGUACGAGAAAAUUGGUUUUGAAUGGGCAGCAGCUGCACAAGGUCUAUGGGCACUGAUAAGUGGAUUAGCCAUGGGCUUGUUUUAUCUACUGGAGUAUUCAAGGAGAAGAAGGACUAAAUCUCAAAAUGUCCUCAGCACAGAGGAGGAACAAACUACUCUCUUGCCUAAUGACACCUAGCCCUAUGGAUCCUGGAUUGACACAAGGUUGAGAGAUGAAUGCUCCUGGCCUUAAACAUCACCGUAGGAAGGGUUUUUAAAAUUUUACACACAAAACUCCAUAGACCCCAUGCCAGUAUCUUGGAAGUGUCAACGUGUUUUUGGAUGAUCUUGUAUUGCACUGUACUUACUGUGAUACUGACAGUUUGUAGUAUGCCCUGUUGAACCAGCUAUACUUGAAAUAUUAAUUAUGAAAGAGGUAGUUGAAAACAAGCAAAAAAAAAAAAAAAAAAAAAAACACUUGUUUUUAAGUGACCAAACACGUCCUUGAAGAUGUUGUUAUUGAGUUACUUGUCUUAUUUCCUCUGUUUAUUUUUUAUUCUAAGUACUGCUGAUUCUGUGAAUGUAUCUUUUUUAUUAACCGGGAAAGAAAUGAAUUAAUUUUAUAUGCUCUAAAUACUUAAAGAUGCUUCAAAAUAUAUAGAAACAUUACUAUGAAAUCAGUUUUUAAAAGAUAUACUUUCUCAUUGUCCUGAGGUUUUUGGUCUUGUUUGAAAGAAAGAAUUCUUGCCUGCCAUACAGAAACUCUCUAGCACUCCCUGGCCUCAAGUUUUUCUAAAAAUUCUGCUUGUGUGAAAAGUACAAGAAUAACAAUACUUACAAUUUCCAUUUUUGUAACCUACUUUCAAUUAUGAUCUGGAUUUAUAAACAUUACUUGGUAUAAUGUUGUUCAUUUCCUUUAAGGUCUCUGUUUUUUGGUUCUACUGUCUGUUUUGUUUUUGUUUUUAUCCAUAUUCUUGGUGAAUGUAUUUCAUCCCUAGAGCAGGUCAGCCUUUUUCCCCUAAUGCGAAUGCUUGUUCUGUUAGGGAAGGGCUUCGCCAAAUUCGUGUGAAAUCCAUGCUGUUGUUUGAAGUGAAUAAACGUCUAUUGUGU